UAAUAUUCUGAAGGUUGUUUUGUUUGUGCUUUUUUAUUGAACUGAUAUAUUUUUUGAUUUAUGAUGACUUGGACAUACUAAUCUUCUACACUCCUGAUGUAUUUAUUCUACCCCAAUUUCAUGUUAUGUAUGCAAAAUAUAUUUAUCCCUGUCUAGUAGGUAUUGUUUAUUUUUUUAUUUUUGUUUAUUUCAGCCAUGACUCCUCAGCACACCCAAGAAUAUUCACCAGAAAAGGGCAUAAAACAUAUAUUUCACAAAGUGAUAAGUGGGAAAUACAGAAGUCGUGAUUUUGACUAUUUACAACAAAAGAAAAUAAGGAAAACUACAAGUGAGAGUGGAAACCAGAAAUCAUAUAAAAAAUCAGGUCUUGUUCACCACCAGAGAAUUUAUACUGGAGAAAAGUCCUACAAAUAUAAAAAAUGUGGCAAAGAUUUUAGUCAAAAAUUAAACAUUAUUUACCAAAGAAGAAUUCACACUGGAGAAAAGCUCUCCAAAUGUAGAGAAUGUGGCAAAGCUUUUAGUCAAAAAACAGACCUUAUUCACCAUAGCAGAACUCACAGUGGAGAGAAGCCCUACAAAUGUAAAGAUUGUGGCAAAGCUUUUAGUCGAAAAGUAGGACUUACUUACCACAGCAGAACUCACAGUGGAGAGAAGCCCUACAAAUGUGAAAAAUGUGACAAAGCUUUCAUUCAAAAAUCACACCUUAUUUGCCACAGAGGAACUCACACUGGACAGAAGCCCUACAAAUGUAAAGAUUGUGGCAAAGCUUUCAGUCAAAAAUCACACCUUAUUUGCCACAGGAGAACUCACACUGGAGAGAAACCCUACAAAUGUAAAGAAUGUGGCAAAGCUUUUAGUCAAAAAACAGACCUUAUUCACCACAGCAGAACUCACAGUGGAGAAAAGCCCUACAAAUGUAAAGAUUGUGGCAAAGCUUUCAGUCGAAAAGUACGACUUACUUACCACAGGAGAACUCACAGUGGAGAGAAUCCCUACAAAUGUGAAGAAUGUGGCAAAGCUUUCAGUCUAAAAUUACUUCUUAUUUGCCACAGAAGAAUUCACACUGCAGAGAAGCCCUACAAAUGUGAAGAAUGUGGCAAAGCUUUCAGUCGAAAAUUUCUCCUUAUUUGCCACAGAAGAACUCACACUGGAGAAAAACCCUACAAAUGUAAAGAAUGUGGCAAAAAUUUCAGUCAAAAAUCACACCUUAUUAGCCACAGUUGCGUGAAUCCACACUAA